UAGUUAAUUAAACCAUCGAAUUGACGAGGAAAUGAGAACGGCACAAUCCUUAAUUGUCGCGAUGCUUAACCGGCAAGUGUUUAAAACGAACGUUACAACCGGACUCUUCCCUCAUUCUUUCCCUCCUUCUUCUUCUUCUACCUUUUCCAGAUCUCGUUUAUUUUCUUCGCUUUUCUUCAACCCUAAAAUCCCUCUCUCCGCGUCUCUCUCUACAGCAACCACCAUGGGUGAAACUCCAGUUGCCGUUGAUGCUGGCAUGGACGCCGUUCAGCGCCGUCUCAUGUUCGACGACGAAUGCAUUUUAGUGGAUGAGAAUGACCGUGCGGUUGGUCAUGAAUCUAAAUACAAUUGCCACUUGUGGGAAAAGAUUGAAUCUGAAAAUUGGCUGCAUAGAGCUUUCAGUGUAUUCCUGUUCAACUCAAAGUAUGAGUUGCUUCUUCAGCAACGAUCUGCAACAAAGGUAACAUUCCCUCUUGUGUGGACAAAUACCUGCUGCAGCCAUCCAUUGUACCGCGAAUCUGAGCUUAUUGAAGAGAAUGCCCUUGGAGUAAGAAAUGCAGCUCAGAGGAAGCUUUUGGAUGAGCUCGGUAUUCCUGCUCAAGAUGUACCAGUUGACCAGUUCACUCCCCUGGGCCGCAUACAUUACAAGGCACCUUCUGAUGGCAAAUGGGGAGAGCAUGAAUUGGAUUAUUUGCUGUUUAUUGUCCGGGAUGUCAAUGUUAAUCCAAAUCCUGAUGAAGUGGCUGAUAUCAAAUAUGUGAACCGCGAUCAGUUGAAAGAGCUGUUAAGGAAAGCUGACGCAGGGGAGGGAGGUUUGAAGCUGUCCCCUUGGUUCAGACUAGUUGUGGACAAUUUCUUAUUCAAAUGGUGGGACCAUCUCGAGCAAGGGACCCUUGGGGAGGUCAUUGACAUGAAGACAAUUCACAAGUUAACAUAAAAUCAGAGAUCUUGCAGCAUGCCAUCAAAGGUUGAUAUUUUACGGGCAAAUAAAAAAUGGAACUGUAUGAGUAGAGUUUCUUAAGUAUAGUCAAGUAUGAUUGUCGUUGUUCCUUUCUGUUAUUCGAUAAUAUAAUAAUAUAAUCAGAACAUUAACGCCUGGGUGAAUAUCUUAUAAUUAGCAGAAAGUUGUGUUGCUAAAGUUAAGAUUUUGGUAUGCGUUCAAAUGUUCAAUAAUAAACUAUUUAAAUAAUGUGUUAUGAAAAGGAUGCUCAAUGUUCAAUAAUAAACUAUUUAAAUCAUGUGUUA